UUUAAGCAUUUGCUAUUUUUCAGAUCUUGCAAAUAUGACAUAUACUUAUCACAGGAUGCACUUAAUUUAUUAAAAGCAUAUCUGGCUAAACAUGGACAUGUGCUACUAAUACAAGUUUUACAGACUUGGUUUCAUAUUGACAUAAACAAUGACACUAACAAGAAGAAUUCAGAAGAUGAAGAGGAAAUGGAAGAAGAAGUGAAUGUUACUAGAAAUGAUUUUGAUGAUAGAGCAAUGGAUGCAAAUGAUGUAUUUGCAAAAUGCAAUGGACAUGCAGAAUAUCAAAGUGUUGACAAAGAACUGAGAGAUCUGCAAGAUGCAAUAAAAGGAGUGAGGGAAUCAAUGGCACCUCUUAAACUGUACAAAAUAUCUGCACCUGAUACUCAAUUAGUAUGUGCAAAAACAGAUCCCAACUGCAACAUAUUGUGUGGAGGAUUUAGCAAUUCAGAGGUAAGAUUAUGGGAUCUUGGACAAAACAAUGUCAAAAGGAGAGUCAAUCGCAAUAUAUCAGAAUUUGAACUAGCAUGUUACAUGCAACCGGAACCCUCACCAGAUGACAACACUUUACAAAUUGGUGCUGGCUUGCCAUUAAGAGGUCAUUCAGGUCCUGUUCAAGAUGUUUGUGUGCUUCCUCGAGAAGAACUGAUUUUAUCAGCCUCAUAUGACAAUACAAUGAGAGCCUGGAGGCUUUCUGAUUAUUCAUGCGCUGCACUGUAUAGAGGUCACAACUAUCCUAUUUGGUGCAUGGACGUGUCGAAAAGUGGACUUUUUGUUGUAACCGGUUCUAAUGAUCGAACUGCUAAGCUUUGGUCGUUGAAUAGAACAUUUCCCGUAAGAGUAUUUGUUGGACAUUUAUCGGAUGUAACGUGUGUGAAGUUCCAUCCAAAUGAGGUGUACAUUGCUACAGGUGGAGCUGAUCGAAGUGUACGUUUAUGGAGUGUUUGUGAUGCACGUUUGAUGCGUGUUCUUUGUGGUCACAGAGGUGUAGUGAGAACACUUGCUUUUGCUCCUUCAGGAUCAUACUUAGCCAGUGCUGGUGAUGAUAAAAAAAUUAAAGUUUGGGACUUGGCUGCUUGCACAUGUGUGCAUGAAUAUCGAGGACAUCAUGGCAAAGUGACUGCACUUGACUGGUCAGCAAUAGGAAAAUCUAGCUUAACAAACAGAAUGGUGCCAGAUCCAAGUGACCUACCUACAGAAAACUCGCUACUAUGUUCUGCAGGCAUGGAUGGCAUUGUUAAAGUAGUUUGCGACAGCUAUUCAAAAAAUAAGCAAAUGUCUAAUCAAGAAGUCUUAUCCUCCACAUACAACACCAAAUGCACAUAUUUAGUUGAUGUGCAGGUUCAUCCUGAGUGGGUGGUUGCCAUUGGGACCAAAAGAUAAAAAAACAUCACCACUAGCUUUUGUAAUUAGAUACAAAGUAAUAAAAAAAAAAUUUAAACAAA